GAUCCGCAGAGACGCGGAGGUGAACAGUCAGAAGUGAAGAUGAUGACGAUGAAGAUGUGUGUCUAUGUGUCUGCAGGUCUGCUGUUCUUCAUGUGUGUGUGUCUGAAUGAGCAGAUGCUGGAGGCCUGCAGCUGUUAUCCCGCACAUCCACAACAGCUCUUCUGCUAUGCUGACGUAGUGUUUAAAGCUACGGUACUUAGCAAGAAGCUCAUACCUGACAAAAGCAGCAUGUACCCAGGCCAUGGAGACUUUAAGUACAAAAUCAAUAUAACCAAGGUCUACAAGGGAUUUGAGCAUGCCGGAAUCAAGCAUUUCUUCUCUCCUGAAGAUGAUGGCAUGUGUGGCAUCAGUCUGACCCCUGGCGUGUAUCUGCUCUCAGGGAAUCUCGUCUCCAGACACAUAGGUCAUGUCAAGAAAAGUCUGACUGUUGAGCUAUGUGACAUCGUGAGCCACUGGAGCACACUCUCCAAAACUGAGAAGAAGAUCCUCAGUGUACACCGGAAAGCCUGUAACUGUCAGGUCACUCGUUGCUAUAAAGAGCCCUGUGAUGAAAACAAGUGUUACUUGAGAGACACGUAUGAUCCUGAUGAGGACUCGCAGUCGAUCUGCAUGGCCAACAGCACCGGCUCCUGCAGAUGGACCAAUGCAUACUAAUGCUGAAGAGGAAUGGGGAAAAUGAUGCCUGAGGACAGAGUGUGUGUGUGAGGCGUUCAGCAGGGAAAAUAGUGGCUGUUUGGCUUUUGAGAAAGCUUAAAAUUAUCUAUAUGCUUCAGCUUUAUCAUGCAUUUUAAAAUAAAUACAAGAGUUUUAUUAAGCUUUGCAGUAGAAAAUACACACAAAGCCAAAGGCUAUUAAAAAGUUUUGCAUGAAUGAAGUGUUUUUGUUUUAAAGAGAAAUGCAUGUUAAUAAACACAUACAUUUGGUGUGUUA